GAUAGAGAAGGAGAAGAAGGAAACAGAAGAAAAGAGAGAAAAAAGAGUAAACGAUAGAGAAGAAGAAGGAAACACAAGAAAAGAGAGAAAAGAGUAAACGAAGGAGAAGAAGAACACGAGAGAAAAUUGUGAAAGCCAAGACGACGAAAAUACAGCGAAAAGAGGAGGAGGAGGAAGAGGCGAAGGAGGAAUUAAAGAAGAAGAAAACAAGGAGAAAGGAGGUGGGAAUAGCACAAAGUGAAAAAAAGUGGUCGUGGAAUUUGGGAAGAAACUGGAGAAAGAGAAGAGGCAGAGGAAGUGAAAGAGACGCAAAACUGGCGUCGAAGACACGUGACAAGGUCUCCCGUGGGACUCGGCCCCGUCGAAGGCCGAAUGGAGGCUCACUAUCAAGUCGUGGUAGUGCAACCAGCAUGCAAUGCGGUUUAUGCGCCGUUGUAGCAGGACUAUUUCGGAGAGCAAUGUGCAUCGCUGGUAGUCGAAGGGGUUCCGGCGAGUCAUGCUAUCAGGAAUUAACAUCUGAUGUACCGCCGCCGCCCCUACCACUUGAAUCGACACGCGUCCAACCAAUCACAGUCGUUACCACUUCCACCGCAACCACCACCAUCACCACAACAACAGCAACAUCAGCAACCGCCACCGAAACGUGCCUCAAGUCAUCCUCCUUCACCGAAAUGGUCAAAGAAAUUGAUCACGAGAAACGAACAGCAGAGAUAACAGUGGACAAUAACGACCAGAAUGCUGUGUACAUCCGGAUAUCCGAGGAAGAGACGGUAACAGCGUCAGAAAUAUCGCCAACGCCUUCAGUUGAUAAAGCAACAAAAGACGAAACCGAUUCAAUAUUUCGACGUCUGUCAAAUGAAAGUCGUAAUCUUUUGGAAAAUUUAAAUGUUUCAAAAGAUCGUCCGAGACACGCUGGUCGUUUUCUCACAAUGCAUAAAAGACGUCGUAAACGACUUAUUACAAAAUCAUUAAAUCAAGAAUCCGGUAUUCUCGAUGAUAUUUUUCAUGGACAAGUUUCUUGCGUUCUGCAAAAAGCAGGAAACUGGCGAUUUAAUGCUUUUACGUUAGAGACUGUCACUGGAGGUCGUUCUUUGCCAGUGUUGUGUGUUCAUCUCUUUCAUUGGUACGGACUUUUUCAACACUUCAACUUGGACGUUGUCAGAGUGUGGAAGCUGUUCAGUUUAAUAGAAGAAGGUUAUCACAGUACAAAUCCAUACCAUAACAGUAUACACGCGACGGAUGUGACGCAAGCGAUGCAUUGCUUCCUGCAAGAAGAAAAGAUAAAGGCUCACUUGAGUGACCUGGAAAUAAUGGCGUCUCUAAUCGCUGCCGUGACCCACGACCUCGAUCAUCCGGGGGUCAAUCAGCCCUUUUUGGUCGCUACCAGCAAUCAUCUGGCUGCCCUCUAUGAGAACACUUCAGUUUUGGAGAAUCAUCAUUGGAGGUCGGCAAUUGGCUGUCUUUUGGAAAGUGGCGUUUUGGAACAGUUGCCUAAUGAAAUUAGGCCAGAACUGCAGCAACACAUUAGUUCCUUGAUUCUCGCCACUGACAUAACGAGACAGCAAGAAUUUUUAACUCGAUUUAAGAAUUAUCUUGAUGGAAAUUUGUUGGACAUGAAAUGCGGUGACGAUCGACAUUUUAUAUUACAAAUUGCAUUAAAAUGCGCGGACAUAUCGAAUCCAUGCAGGCCAUGGGAUAUAUCGAGGAAAUGGUCGUAUAAAGUUUGCGAGGAGUUCUUCCGUCAAGGUGAUUACGAGAGACAAUUAAAUCUCCCAGUGACGCCAUUGUGCGAUCGUCAAAGUACAAGUAUUCCAAAAAUUCAGGUCGGCUUUUUUAAAUUUGUCGUUGCACCGCUUUACGAGGAAUGGCAUAGAUUCCUUGGCGAUGGACUCAGCGAUUCAUUAAUGAAUUAUCUACGAAGCAAUCAAAAGAGAUGGGAGACAAUGAUACAACAAGAGACUGCCGAGGAGACAAAAACAGAAGUCUCUGAACUCGAUGAGGAGAAGGCAAUAAGCUCAGAAGAUGAAACAGCACUCGAUGACGAUUCAGCUAGCAUUGAUUAUCCCCUAACAACACAACAAUUAUCCUUAAUAUCACGUCGACCAAGUUUACCAAUUAAAAAUGAAACACAACGCCCUGGUAGACGUCAUUCGGUACCAAUAAAUAUCACUAAAUCCCUAUUGCCAACAGUACGUGUAACUGUACGUCGUGAAAGUCUACCAAAUGAUAAUGUUAAAUUAAAAAAUCCUCUACUCUUAUUGAAACAUGACGAUCAAUCAACACGCACAUGUCGCAGUUCAAAUUUAUCAUUAUUCUCAUCGAAAAGUAGUUUAUUGGGCUCAUCGGGUAAUUCAAAUAAUGCCGAGAGACCAGUGAGCGCUGAAAAUUUAUUACCCGAACCAAGUAUCGCCAGUAUUACAAAUAGUACCGAAGCAUCGCGUCUCAGCUCCGUUCUACAGCCAGACAAUCACAAUAGGCCACAACAACAACAGCAACAAAAACAAUUGACACGACAGCAGACCUUCCCACCACUUCAGCCGUACGUUCGAAUGAGGUACAUGUCAACAACAGCGGAAAUGAGUCAAUGUUGCGAAAUUCUAAUGGAAGCUGAUAGUCCCUCUUCUUCAUCGUCAAGUCCAACGAAAGAUAAGGGUAACGAUGUUCCCGAGGUUCUUGAAGAACUAGACGACGACGAUGAUAGAAAAGAAACUAAUGAUGUUGAACAAAAUGAAUCUUGUCCAGGUGGUAAUUGUGGUACACCACUCGAUGAAAUUGCUAAUGAUGAUUUUCCCAAAAUGUCAUCAUUAGGUGACAAUUUUAUCGCUAAUGAAUCACAAAGACGCGCAUCGGCUGCUGCUUUUGAAACGCAUAAUAAAUUAAUUAAUAUCGAUUAUCCCCGUCGUCAUUCAAUGCAAAUAUUAAGACCUGAUGAUCGUCAUCAACGUAAUCGACGACCAUCAUCGGCACAAGAUUUAAAUCAAAUACAAUUAUCGCGUACGCAAAUGAUGUCCGAAAUAUCAGACGUAAAAUCAAUAAAUAACGAUAAAAACUCAAGUUGUGAAAUAUCGAUAAGCGAGGAUAUGAGAACAUUUUCCACAUCGACAACAAAAUCAGAACGUUAUUGCAGUGGUAUAUUGCAGGACGCAAGAAUAAAAUGGAUUGAAACAGAAUCGAGGCGUUAUUCAACGCCAGUUGCCGAAUCGUCGAGUGGUAAAAAGCCAUUGGCGGCAAUUAGUGGUGGUAGACGAUUUACGGCAAUACCAGUGACAACAGAAAUCUCAUCGGGUUCACAAAAUAAAGUAUUUUUCAUUGGCAGUCCACCAGAUUCACCGCCACGUGUCAAGAGUGUUUCGUCGUCAAGUGACAGUGGUGGGAGUGGUGGUAGUGGAGGUGGGGGUGGCGGCAGUGAACCACAACGACGUAGUAUUGGCGGUUCAAGUAGUGACAGUGUUUCAAUUGGCAGUAAACGCGAUUUGGAUACGGCGCGCGAUAGAGCAACGAACAAAAUUCCAAAAUUAAGUCUCGAUUCACAAAUGAAGGAGAAUGUCGAUCCACGUGAUGAAACAUCAAAAUCGCACGGACGUCGAAGCAAUCAAGGAUUGUCGAAGAGAAGGGGAUCGGCACCAGUGGGCCUAAUGUCUAGACUCGAUGAUAUUUCCACGUCAUCGGUGACGGCAAUUGGCGAACAAUAUUCAAGACGUGGUUCGGUGCCGAUGGAUAUUUCUUGGCAACAAAAUGGAUCGACAAAUAGAUCGGCACUAGGUCCUCGGGAAGGAAAUCUUCCGCCACCAAGGAGAGCGAGUCUUCCACAGGAAACGAGUCUUGGAAAUCUUCUCGGUCACUUCAUACCCAAUUCCGAGGAACGUGAGAAUUGUUCGAUAAACAACAACAAUAACAACAACAACAAUAACAAUAAUAGCUCAAGCAAUAAUAAUGGAAAUCGUUUAACCGAGGGCAAUGUCGUCGGCGGUCUUCUUCUUGUUCCAGGAAUGCCAUCGCCACGACGUGGUUCAGUUCCCGCUGAUAUUUCAGAAUUACGUCGCGAUCUUUUUGGACGUAAUAGCGUCAAUGGAAAAUCGCGUAAUCGAAAAAAAGUUUUACGACGACGCAGCAGCGGUGGACCGGAAAUGUUCGCUGGCGGUAAUAAUACCGAUGGGAACAAUGAAAAUCUUUGGCUCAAAUCGAGGCGCGACUCGAUAAAACGUGACUCAAUACCAGAACCAGUUGUCAAGCGGCGUGGAUCGCUGCCAAUUGAUGUUGUUGCUGUUUCUCAUGUCGGAACAGCAGCCGGACUACGAAGAUCCAGCCUCUGGAGACUCUAAACGAAAAAAAAUUCACUGGAUGGACCCAGAGAAGAAGGUUAUCGAAAAAAAAUCGAUUUCAUCAUCAACAACACAAGAACGAAAAAUCGAAGAAACAUCCGAGUCAACAACUGAUGUUCCAUUGAAAAAGAAGAAGAAAGAAAAAAAAUAGAUGCUCUCUUUAUCAGAAAAUUUCUACACACGUCUAAAAAAUUCUCCGAAAUCUAUGUAAUUGUUACAACAAAAAUGAAAAAACAAGAAAAUUGGACGAAAAAAGAAAGAAAAAAUUGAAAAAGGUAAAAUAUUUCACUUUUAAAAUUAAAAAUUA